UUCUUUGCAAUUGACAUUUUGAUAUUCUUUCCCUAAUUGUAAUCCUUUUUUACUUUCAGAAUAAAUAAGGUAAUAAUAAACCAUACUUCCCCUUUAUUUAUUUAGCUCGGGGGCAUGAGUGGAAAUUGCAAAGAGGACUUUUCGUUUUGAUUGUUGUUAGAGAGAGAGAGUGAGAUCGAAGAGGAGAGAGAGAUGGGGGUGAGAGGUAAGGUGAGAAUGUCAGUAUCAGUGAUGAAGGCGGCGAUGAAGGAAAUGAGACGGAGCGUGACGUACAUGCCUCGACCGGGGGACGGAGCGCCGCGGGGGGUGACACUGAUACCGGGGGACGGAAUUGGGCCUCUGGUGACGAACGCGGUGGAGCAGGUGAUGGAGGCCAUGCACGCCCCUCUUUACUUUGAGAAGUACGAGGUGCACGGGGACAUGAGGCGUGUGCCGGAGGAGGUUCUGGAUUCGAUUCGGAAGAACAAGGUUUGCUUGAAGGGUGGUUUGAGGACUCCGGUGGGUGGAGGAGUAAGCUCCCUCAACGUUCAGCUCAGAAAGGACCUCGAUCUCUACGCUUCCCUCGUCAAUUGCUUCAACCUCCCCGGCUUGCCCACCCGCCACGACAACGUCGACAUCGUUGUCAUUCGUGAGAACACAGAGGGCGAGUAUUCAGGUCUCGAGCACGAGGUCGUUCCCGGCGUUGUCGAGAGCCUCAAGGUUAUGUCCAAGUUCUGUUCCGAACGUAUUGCAAAAUAUGCCUUCGAGUAUGCAUACCUUAACAACAGGAAGAAAGUCACCGCCGUCCAUAAAGCCAACAUCAUGAAACUCGCUGAUGGUCUCUUCCUAGAAUCUUGCCGACAAGUUGCAACCAAAUAUCCUGGUAUCAAGUACAACGAGAUUAUUGUCGAUAACUGUUGUAUGCAACUUGUCUCCAAACCCGAGCAAUUCGAUGUUAUGGUCACUCCUAAUCUGUAUGGAAAUCUAGUGGCUAAUACGGCAGCUGGAAUUGCUGGAGGCACUGGUGUAAUGCCUGGAGGAAACGUUGGGGCAGAUCAUGCUGUGUUUGAGCAAGGUGCUUCGGCUGGAAAUGUUGGAAAGGAAAAUCAGGUGGAGCAGAAGAAGGCAAAUCCUGUUGCGCUGCUUCUCUCCUCAGCCAUGAUGCUGAGGCAUCUUCAGUUUCCUUCAUUUGCUGACAGACUCGAGACUGCUGUGAAGCGUGUGAUUUCGGAGGGUAAGUACAUGACUAAAGAUCUUGGUGGAGACAGCACUACACAGCAGGUUGUUGAUGCUGUCAUUGCCAACCUCGACUAGACCAUACCCCAAUCCUUCACUUACAUUCCUUCCCCAUAUAUAACAUUUUACUUCCUAUCUAAAUUCACUUUCGGUAUGCUGGAAAUCAUUUCAGCCAGUUUGUGUAAUAAGAGUUAAAUUUCUCUUUCUAUUUUUCA